AUGAUUCGAGUUCAAGGAUCCCACUGUUUCCGAUCGCGGAGCUUUGCACCCCUGCAGAGCUCCCCGGGCUACUAUCGCUUCCUUUCGAAGACGUCUCCAGGCUAUGGGUGCCACAAACAAGCUCCAUCGUCUGCAGAACCCCCGCAAAAAGGAAUUAAGGAUAGCGCACCCACGCCGACUUCAUCACUGCUACGCUCGGCCUUCUGGUCGUGCCGCUCCACAUGGCGACGAGCCGGGAUCAACACCCUCCGCUGUUUGGUCGGGUGUACAGUCGGUGACUUUACAGCCCUAUGGACGCUACAAUCCUAUUACCCCGAACUGGGCAUGAACAGCAUCAUGCUUGCCUCAAUGGCCUCGGGCAUCACGACUUCGAUUAUUCUUGAAACGGUGCUGUUAAGACGCGGUGCCGAUCAAUUGUCUUGGACUAUGGCGGCGCGGACCGCGAUGGGGAUGAGUAUGGUUUCGAUGAUCGCGAUGGAAUUGGCGGAGAAUGCCGUUGACUAUCACCUCACCGGAGGAGUUAUUGCCCUUGACGAUCCUAAGUUCUGGAUGGCGGCGGUUCUAUCGAUCGGUGCGGGUUAUCUUGCGCCACUGCCAUAUAACUAUCUCCGCCUGCGAAAGUAUGGGAAGGCAUGCCACUGA